AUGCCGUCGCCCGUCGUCCGCGACGCGGUGAUAUCCGACUUCCGGCGAAGGGUCGAGGCCGCGCGGCGCGCCCGCGCGGCGACGCUCGAGGACGAGCGCGACGACGACGCGCGCGUCUCCGCGUCGACGCGCGCGGAUCCGAUCCGCGUGGGCGCGUUCGACGCGCUGCAGCGCGCGCUGUGGGACGGGGACGGGGACGGGGACGGGGACGGGGACGGGGACGGGGACGGGGACGGGGACGGGGACGGGGACGGGGGCCGCGCGUUCGUCGCGCGCGUGCGCGACCGGAAGCCGACCGCGCUCGAGGCCGUGCUCGCGGUCGAGCGUCGCGCGGACGACGAGCUCGCGCGCGCGUCGCCGUGGUCGUCGUCGCACUCGCCGUCGCCGUCGUCGCGAUUCGUUCUCGAGGAGGACGACGACGCGGACCCGUCCGCGCCGAGGUGGAAGGAGGACGGCGACGGAGGCGGCGGCGGCGGCGGCGCGCUUCGCGACCCCGCGCUUCGCGACCUGCGCGUCACGCCGCUGACGCUGCUGCGCGAAGCGCUCGACAGGCCUCGCGCGGAGAAAGACACGGCGGCGGCGGCGGCGGCGGAUGUCGUUCCGGUCGUCGCCGAGACGCGGCGCGCGUCGACGUCGUCCAGGUUCCGCGUCGAGGGGAGAGGAAGGGAGAGGACGUCGUCGUCGUUUUUGUCGUCCUCCUUCGCCGCCGCGGACGCCGGCGCGAGCGCGACGCCGACGCCGACGCGCCCCCGCCGUCGCGUCUCGUGGAGCGAUUCCCCCGCGCCGCUCGAACUCGGCGCGGAGGAGGAGACGGACGCCGACGCCGACGCCGAGGUAGCCGUCCGCCGCCGCGCGUCCGUCACCGGGACGCGGGACUACUACGCCGCCGCGCUGACGUCCGCGGACGUGCACCCGAACCCUCGUAACGGCCACGCGUCGGCGGUUACGAAGAGGAAUCCGAAACCAGCGCGCGGCGCGCACCCCGCGCUCGCGUUCCAGGCGCGCCUCGAGCGUCGAACCGUCGCGCCGUCCGCGUUCGCCGACGCGAAGCGAGCGUCGGUGACGAGAGACCUGGGCGGCGCGCGCGCGCCCGACCGCGCGACGUUCAGCACCGCGAUGAAAGCCGCGAGCGUCGCGACGGCGGGGGGGCGGAAGAUGCGCGCGAAGGAGAGAGCGGCGAUUUUGAACGCGUGCGCGAGCUCGAAGGCGCGUCCACCUCUCGCCGUCGUGGACGUCUCCGACGUCUCGAAGAGCGUCGCGAGGACGCGGCGGGCGUCAUCGCGCGCGCCGAGCGGGAUGCGUCACCGCUCGAACGAGGUGACGUCUAGAGGCGGUGCGUUUUGUGGGUCGUUCCAUCCGCCGAUGCACCGAGUCGAGUGCGACGCGCGCGCGGUCGCGGACGCGGCGAGGCGCGCGAGGGAAGAGGAGCGGACGACGCGUCUGACGUUGGGGAUCGAGGAGAGAAGAAGGUCGAGGUCGUCGGGGAAGAAUACGAUUAAGACCAAAACGAAACCGUCCGCCGCGGGCGGUUACGGAACCGCAGAGCCACCGGAGGAGGACGAGCUGCUGCUCCGCGCGCGCAGGCUCGCGGACGACGUCAGCGAGAAGCUCAGGGUGAGCGUGGAAGGGUCCCCGGGGAGCGCGCGCGCGACGUUGCUCGCGAUGGGCGCGGCGCGGAAAACGCUCGGCGUCGGCGGCGGCGGCGGCGGCGGCGGCGGCGACCUUCCGCCGCGGCUCGCGAUCGCGUCGCCGACGCCCGCGGCGACGUUGAUGGCGUCGCGCGGUUUUCCGUCGCCGGGCGGUCCCGCGGCGACGACGCCGACGCGCGUCGGGGCGCGUCGAUAG